UUCUCUAUCAAUUAGAGUGAUGAUGUCGUGGGCAUUGUGCAUUUGGGUUUCUCUACUUGUGACAAGCAUCACAACUUGGGUUUACAAAUGGAGGAACCCUAAAUGCAGUGGGAAGCUUCCACCGGGUUCCAUGGGCUUACCACUUCUUGGUGAGACGAUUGCUUUCUUCAAACCUUACUCAAAUUUAGAUAUCCAACCUUUUAUCAAAGAGAGGAUUAAAAAGUAUGGGCCAAUAUUCAAGACCAGCUUUGUUGGGAUACCAGUUAUUGUAGCAACCGACCCUGAUUUUAGUUAUUUUGUGCUCAACCAAGAAGGCCAAUGUUUCAAGAAUUGGUAUCCUGAUACUUUCACUAAGAUCUUUGGAAAUCAGAAUCUUGCAACAUUACAUGGCUUCGUAUAUAAGCACCUCAAGCACAUGAUCUUGAGUCUUUUUGGCCAUGAGAGUCGCAAGAAGAUGCUUCCUGAAAUUGAAGAAAAUGUUUGUAAGAAGUUAAAGCUCUGGUCAACUCAAAACUCAGUUGAGCUGAAAGGUUCAACAGCAAGCUUGAUAUUGGAUCUCACCACAAAAAAGUUGAUGGGCCUUGAUCAAGGCAAGUACUCAGAUAAACUAAGGGAUUGCUUUGCUGCGUUUAAUGAUGGUUUGAUCUCUUUCCCUAUCAACAUCCCCGGGACAGCUUAUCACAAGUGCCUAGAGGGUAGGGAAAGGGCAAUGAAAAUGUUGAGAGAUAUGCUUCAGGAGAGGCGUGAGAAUCCAAGGGAGAAUCCAAGUGAUUUCUUCGAUUAUGUUAUUGAAGAGCUUAAGAAAGAAGAUACACUUUUGACAGAAGAAAUUGCACUAGACUUGAUGUUUGUGUUGAUUUUCACCAGCUUUGAGACAACAUCUUAUUCAUUAACUUUAGCCAUCAAGUUCCUCUCAGACGACCCUUCAAUUCUUAAAAGUCUAACGGAAGAGCAUGAGGCAAUUCUGAGAAACCGUGAAGAUGCUAACUCUGGACUUACUUGGAAAGAAUACAAAUCAAUGACUUACACACUUCAGUUCAUAAACGAAACAGCGCGGCUAGCGAAUUUAGCUAUUGGAAUUUUUCGAAAAGCCUUGGUAGAUACCGAGUAUGAAGGUAUGAUCAACCAAACAACAACACAAAACACUCAAAUUAAUUGUUAUAUAUAUAUAAUUCACUUUGUAAAAAUGGAUACAGGUUAUAUAAUUCCAGCUGGUUGGACAGUGAUGGUAUGUCCUCCAGCUAUACAUUUGAAUCCAGACAUCUAUGAAGAUCCUCUUGUCUUCGAUCCAUCUAGAUGGGAAGGAUCAAAAUAUACAAAUGCAUCAAAGACAUUCAUGGCGUUUGGUGGAGGAAUGAGAUUCUGUAUCGGAACUGACUUCAGCAAACUCCAAAUGGCAGUGUUCCUUCAUAGCUUGGUCACAAAAUACAAAUGGGAGGAGAUCAGUGGAGGAAACAUACGUCGAACUCCUGGAUUACAUUUUCCAAAUGGGUAUCAUGUUAAACUCAAGAAGAAAGAGAUCUGAUAUUUACAAUAUACAAGACCUAAGAUGCAUAUUAUAUGUUGUGUACUUUUAUUAAAAAUUAGAUAUAUUAUACUAUAGUAUACUGUUUGUAUUAAACAAAAAUAACGCUUUUAUUAUAAAUUAGACAUCUAUGAAAAUCCUUUAGUCUUCAAUCCAUCUAGGUGGGAUGUGAGUUCAUAAAUCUUGUUCUCUUAAGUAACCUGAAAAGAAACUGGGAUCAGAUUCAUGUGGAA